UGUUACAAUCACUUUGAAACUAUACAAGGUUUUGUGUGUGCGUUUGUUUAUUCAAGUGACGAAUUUGCCGGCGCACAAUUGGUUCAUUAUUUUCGUACAAAAUGGCACAAAAUUCGUGUUUACAUAGAAAUGAAAUGCGGGAAAAUCAUAGAACUAACAAUAGUGAAGGAAAGGCACCAUUCCUUAUUGGGGUCGCUGGGGGAACGGCGAGCGGCAAAUCUACAGUGUGUAAAAGGAUCAUGGAGAAGUUGGGGCAGGUUGAUAUGGACCAGAAGCAACGACAGGUUGUCACUAUCAGCCAAGAUAGCUUUUACCGAAUUUUAACAGCAGAGGAAAAGGCAAAGGCUCAGAAGGGCUUGUACAAUUUUGAUCAUCCAGAUGCUUUCGACAAUGACUUGAUCUUGCAAACUCUGCGUGAUAUACUGUCUGGAAAGAAGUGUGAAAUACCAGAAUAUGACUACAAAACUAAUUCAAGAUGUGAAGAUAAAUUCAUCACUAUAUACCCUGCAGAUGUAGUUUUGUUUGAAGGAAUCCUUGUAUUUUAUUUUCCUGAAAUUCGAGAAUUAUUUCACAUGAAAUUGUUUGUUGACACGGACUCAGACACUAGAUUGGCUCGUAGAGUGCCAAGAGACAUCAAUGAACGAGGAAGAGAUUUGGAACAGGUGUUGAAUCAGUACAUGAAUUUCGUGAAACCUGCAUUUGAAGAAUUUUGUUCCCCUACAAAGAAGUAUGCAGAUGUCAUUAUCCCCCGUGGAGCUGAUAACACUGUUGCCAUUGACCUGAUAGUUCACCACAUCUGGGAUAUAUUACAUGGCGUGGUGAACCGAAGAUGGGCUAGCUCUAGCUCAAGCUCAGAAAACCUUAGCAGUGGCCAUUGACUUAAUUGUGCAGCACAUUCGAGACAUACGUAUCAACCGACGUGUUCCCAGCUCUUCAACUCUCAAUAUCAAGAAGACUCAGACAACAGAUGGUUAUUUCACAAGACCUCACUGAAAUUACUACAAAGACAUUUUACAGAUGUUAUCUCUACUUGAGCAACGUAAUUAAGUUACAAAUAUUUUUGGUAUUUUACAUAACAUAUCAUUCAUUCUCCUUUUUUUUCAUUUUAAGGAAUUCCUCAUUCAGAUUAGUUUAGAAUCAUUAAGUGUGUGUGUGUGUGUGUGUGUGUGUGUGUGUGUGUGUGAGAGAGAGAGAGAGAGAGAGAGAGAGAGAGAGAGAGAGAGAUCUUGUGUAUGUAUUUGUCAAAUAAGAUCAAGAUCUUGUAACAUCUUACCAUGUACAUCUUCAAAUCUUCAAGUCCUAAAUGUGUACAAAUUUUUGUUGUGGUUGAGAAGUUAGGAAGAAAUGCCAUUUUUUCCAUUACAUUCUUCGUUUGCCAUGUUAUUGCAAGUGCAAUGAAAAUAAGAAUAUAUCAAACCAAAGAUGAUAGUUCCUUAAUGUGUACUUACAUUUUAUUUAUGCAAUUCAUUUACAACAACAUCAGUAGCUGUCCUCUGCAAACCACUGUGUGCAGAAUAUACUUUUUAUUGUAUCAUAUGCACACUAAUGGAUGGAACAGUGGAACAAUAACUGUUUAUUGCCUCUAUUCAAGCUGUUAUUAGUAAAAGUUUUUCUUCAUGAUCCCUGUAAUAACAUUGUGUCCUGGGUGGAGGAUUCUGCUCUAAAAUCAUCUCUUGGGGUUUCCUGACAACAUUUUCAUGAGACAUUGUGCAUUUUCAUUUGAGGUCUAUCAGUUCAGAUUUUUCAGAAAUCCAGACAAUUCUAUUUUUAAUUACCCCACCAAGUGAUGUGCACAUUGCUAAUUCUCUGGACUCAUAUUCAAGUGGAGGGUGUUGAAAUCCCUAUCUGACCAUCCCAAUUGUGGUUUUUCCAUAGUUGCUUUACAUUGCUUAAGGGAAGUGCCAGUAUAGUCUUUUGAUAAGCAUUUGGUCAAUUUAUUUCUGUAUCCUUGUCCAGUCUGACUGUUUACUCUGUCUCUAAUGCUCUCCUGAGCAGGGUGUUAAAUAUUAAUCUACCUAGCUUCCUUCCCUCCAUCUAAUAACAUCAGUCUUGACAGGAUGUUAAUAAACUUUUUUUUCCUCGAGUCAAUGUACCUUUGACAAUUAAAAUGGUUCAAAUGGCUCUGAGCACUAUGCGACUUAACUUCUGAGGUCAUCAGUCCCCUAGAACUUAGAACUACUUAAACCUAAUUAACCUAAGGACAUCACAAACAUCCAUGCCCGAGACAGGAUUCGAACCUGUGACCGUAGCGGUCGCGCGGUUCCAGACUGUAGCGCCUAGAACCGCUCGGCCACUCUGGCUGUUUUUGGCGAUUCACACUGACCUUUGUACAUUAUUUCCCAUUCUGUUCCAACAUGGUAUGGCUCCGACACAUGUGAGCAGUAUUUCAGUUCAAAUAUUUUAUAACUAAUCUCUUUUGCCAACAAACUGCAUGUCUUCAGUAUGCUACCACUUACACUGAUCUUGUCAUGUUUUUUACUUACCGCUGUAUCUUUGUGAAUGUUAUAUAUAUAUGUUGCUAAUUCCAGAUAUUUAAUGUGAUGACUGACUGCAGUUGUGACUUAUGAAUUCAUGUAAUCAAAGUUUACUACAGUUUAUACAGUUUGAUAUUUCACAAAGCAAACACAUUUCAAUGUUUAGAGUCAGUUACCCACUUCUGUAUGGAACUGUAAUCAAUUCCAAACAGUGAAGGAGGGGUAGGAUAGGGGGCAGCAGUUGUCUGACACCUCUCCUCUACAAAAAAUGAUCUUCAAAAACUGAACACACAUCCUGCAUUGCAUCAUACACUGAUAUAUUAGUUCAACUCAGUAUCUGAAGAAAGGCUACUGAUUAGUAGCAUGUGUACCCAGAAUCAUUUGUCUUGAAACCUCAAAACUAUUUUGCCAUCCACCAUUAAAUUAAUAUCAGUUGUGCCUCCCGCCCUUCACCCUCUCACUUCAUAUCCUGACUACACUCUUGUGUCCAUAUCUCAUAGGGUAUUUGUGCAGUUUUUCUUGUCUAACAUUUCCCUAUAGAUAACCAAUUCUUCUUCUUUUUUUGUGCCUUUGUUCCGAAUUGGCCCAGGGUUGGCAUCAUUAAUUUAAGAGGUGGCUGGAUGCCCUUUAUGUACCACCCCUUUACUGCCCUGGAUGGAAUAUGUAUACCACAACACUCUCAUGUAGUGUUAUUCAUGUGAAAGUGAGUGAAAGUUUUUGAAAUGUUUGCGAAUCAUAUAACUGAGGUACUUUGGUACAAGCCUGGUAUUCACCUAAUGGGACAUGUGAAACUGCCUAAAAAGCACAUGCAGACUGGCCAGCCCAUUGACCCUCAUCAUAUUCAGUCUGGGACUGGCACAUCUGUCCAUCCUGGAAGAGGUAUUUCAAGAUGCACAGCUACCUGAGAAGGUCUCCUCAUAGAUAACCACAAACUCUAUAAAAAGAAAUCUCAAAUUUCAACUAAUAUUAUCUAUGAAGUCAUUAAAAAAUAACGUGAACUGUUAUGGGUCACAUCCAAAAUCAGUUUUGUGUUUGUGGAUGACCCUGUUGAAGAUAAGGUGAUAUUUUCUGCGUUUCAGGAAAUCCUUAAUCAAGUGUAAAUUCAGCAAGAUGUUUCAUACAAAUGUACCUUCUUCAUUAUGUAUUAGUCCAAAGAUGAAUAAAAAUCUUUUCAAAUGUUGACUCUAGCAGUGGCCAUUAAGAGAUCAUGUAUGAGCAGCAUGAGUUGAGUUAAGCAUCACAUGAAUGAUAUUUUUAGAAACCAUGCUGAUUCAUCAUGUGUGAACACAGAAGACAUUCUUGAUUAAUGCUACAGACAAAUCUGAUUGAUGUAGGGUGAACUGCAUCAAUUCUGUUGCCUUUUUUCUAGACUGCUGAGAUCUCUGCUCUCGUCCAAUUGCUAGAAACAGUUUUCUGCUCACAGGGUCUGGAGUAAAUUAUAUUCAAGAGAAGACAUAAUUCAAGGGAAAGUUUUAUGUAGAACCUCACAAGGAUUUUGUUAGAAUCUUAGUAAGUUUUAGGGAAAUCUUGUAUUAUCAGUAUCUUUGCUACUGAAAUUGUUAUAUCAUCUCUGCAAUGUGGAUGGUGGCAGUCUUUCUUGAUUUCGUCUAAUGUAUAGCAAGUGUUACUAGUUUGUCACUGUGUGUGUUUUUUAAAAUACUGAAGAUAAAUAUUUUUAUUAAAAUGGAUUAAUUCUAUAAUGUUAUCAGAUUAGAUGUGCCAUAUCAACAGUCUAGAUCAGUUUUAGAAUAGCUUGGAUAACUGAACUAUUCAGAAAGAAGUAAUCUGCAACUGAAACACUAGUUACAUUCCAUAAUGUUGAUAAAUGGCCUUUGUAGUGUAACAAGGAUGAAUUUAGUCAUUGGAUAGAUUCAGUUAUCUGACUUAAGUGUUGCAAUACAUAAUCAAUUAAACAUAUAGUUCUUUUAAAAUUAGGUGUUUUGUUAAUCUUUACAAAAAGUGAGAGAGUAGUCCUCUUCACACAUACACACACUUUAAGUGCCUUAAUGAACUUUGCAAAGGAUUUUGUAAAUUGUGCAGUGGGAGUUGUAAAUUGUUCAGUGAGAGUUGUGAAUGUGUGGUAAAAUGUGUUGUUUCCUUAAGUGUGCUUGAAAAGUAAAGCUUUUGAGUGGCGAUAAGGUGAGCUGUAAAGCUGAUUGAUAGCAGUAUUAACUAUAUUAUGUAAAUAAAAAGCCAUAUUUGCUGUGAUGUAUUAAAAAUGAGCCAAAGAAGCAGAGUAGUAUUUAUUUGAAUGUAACUACAGCCAAGUCCUGUAGAGCGAGACUAAUUUCCAUAAAAUUGCCCAGAAAUAUAACAAAUGUUCUGUUUUGUACAUUCACUGGAAAUACUCUUAGGAAAACUAGUAAUGUACAUUUCCUGAACUAAUUAUCUAGUUUGUAAUCAAGUAGAAUGUUAUUAAGAUGUGCAAUGUGAAAGUAACUUUGCUGUUAACGUCAUUUUCUCGCUGUUAUAAUAUCCUUCUGAGGUACUACCAUUUUAAUGUGAAAUCUGUUCUAUAAUGUUAUGAAUGCAUCAUGUACAAUGCUUGAAACCUGUGCAAUUGAUAAGAAAAUUUUUGGGAUGCUGAUAUCCUUCACAUGGAAAUAACAAUUUUUUUUCAGUAAAAGUUCAAAUGUUACAUGUACAUGAGUCACAUUUUUGAUAUUUAUAGAAUUAUUUUGCUUUUCUUUAGAUUAUUUUUAAAUAUCUGGCAGCAGUUUUAAGUAUAAACUGAGACAGAGGGAUCACAUUCAAUUUGAGGAAGCCACAUUCAUGCAACCCUCCUAAAAAGCAUCUAAAGAGUAGUAACAUGAGAGCUUACUGUAGAUUUUUGUGUUGUGUCAGGAAAAUGAAGUUUUUGUAAUAGUUUGUGUGCUGUUUGUCAAUUUCAUUGUGUAUACCCCAAUUUGUGAUAUUUUUAUAUAUUGUUCCAUCUUUUGAUUUGAGUAUUGUGUUAAUAAUUUAGUGUUUUCUAAUGUUAAUAAGUUUGAUGUUAAAUUUAUUACUGUUUUGAGUUUUA